AUGACUCGUGCAUUGGCUGGCAUGACUGGUUGGCUCGCACUUUGGCACUACUCAAUCCCCUCCAUAGAAUUAGACUUUGAGAAACAAAAAAAAUCAGAAACAUCUGAUGUGUCUCGGAGCUUUUCGGAUGAUGCUAUUGUGAAAUAUGUCGGUGACUUUGAGGAUGACAGCAGCCUUUUCCUUGAUCCUACCAUUGGAGAUGUGGUUGACAACAGUAUAGAAGAUAAAAUCAAUCCUGCGAUGGAUAGCGUGGAGUUUUCAGCCAACUCUAUGGAUGACGUGAGUCUUGCUGUAGGAAACCUUACAGUCAACGGUGGUAUUUGGCAUGAAAGAAUUGCAGAACUACUCCAUACAUUUAUGCGUAACACUCGCUUUGAUGCUAUUGCGAAAGAUGUCGGUGACUUUAAGGAUGACAGCAGCCUUUUCCUUGAUCCUACCAUUGGAGAUGAAACCAAACGUGUGUUUGACAACAGUAUAGAAGAUAAAAUCAAUCCUGCGAUGGAUAGCGUGGAGUUUUUAGCCAACCUAACAGUUCACGGUGGUAUUUGGCAUGAAAGAACUGCAGAACUACUCCAUAAAUUUAUGGAAUAUGCAUAUAACAGUCUCAGCAAUGAUCAAAAAGACCUUACAGCUACAGAACUGAUAAUCUCAACACGAAGACCAAGUCAUGCAUCACAGAGAUAAUUGUGGAACGAGGAUCUGUGUACACUGCCCUCUCAGCCCUUUACCAGCAGCAAGAUUAUUAUUCUCUCUUUCUCGAUGAAAUCAAAUGUUUUCAAGAAUGAGCCAGCAGAAGGGCUUAGCUCCACAAGAGAGGCCCUUACUUUGUAUCAUAUCGACGGGAAAGACCUGCUCUAUGAAGGUGACUCGGAGUGUAGUCCAAGAACAUCAGCUGGUAACCAAUGAGUAGUAUUAAAGUGCGAGGCAUGCAAGGCAGCGAGGCAAAACAACGAUUCAUGCGAGGCAUCGUUUUACCAUUCCCAAAAGUGAGAGGCAUAACAACAUUUAUGCGAGGCAUCGUUUUACAUGGAAAAUAUGCAGAGAACAACGAAAAUCCAAUAUUUAAUAAUUAUGCGUGAUAAUGUUAAAUAAUAAUGUAAAUUUGCUACUUAAUUUGAUUUGCAGUGGAUUUAUUUUUCUCCGCCUAGGCCUAAAGCUGCAUACAGGCAGUACAUCGCUGAUCACAAGGGCAGAUCCAAGCAGAUCUGCUGCAUUAUUUUUUCCACAUACUCUGGUUUAGGGCAGAAUUAUAGAGGGAGCUAUUUAAGGUCUUGGGUUCUUGGGUAUUCAAUCUGUUCAGAUCCUUGGGUAUUUUAUUUUUAAAAAAUAUUUUUUUUUGUCAUAGAAGAAGAAUAAAGAAGUAACAAUGUAUAUUUUCAGUCAAUUUAAGUAAACAGAAGUCAACGAAGUGCACAUAAUAUUGUUAAUUGACUUUUAAUUGCUAAAAACAUGAGUUCAGAAUUGUUUAUUGUAAUUUGCGUUGCUUUUUGAUCUUAACUAUAAUUAAUGCACACAUAAUACAACUUCGUCACUGAUCUACUGAUAACGCUACUGGCCGACUGAGAGGCGUAAUUAUCUAUCGUUCCUAUCUCCUCAUGAAUAUUAAUUUUAAUUAUUAACACAGACAAUUACAAUAAAAUAGAGUUUAUAAAAGCAAAAGGGAAACUAUACAUAUGAAAACCCCGUUUUUAAUGGAUUUUCUGGAAACUUAAUUUUGGGAAAUUUUUGUUGAAUCUUGGGUAAUUUCGUCGCAGACCUUUGGUAUAUGAAAAAUUGCGAGUGGUCACCCUGGUUUAGUGAGAUGUAUGAAUACCAGCUUCACUGUUCCCUGUGAAUACUAACUGAUGUAUUAAGCAUGACCUGAGUUUGACCGUUCGGUGUUUGUAAAUACCACCGAUUUAUAUUGCUUGCUGUAAUUAUUCCUCUACUACGAUAAUAAGUAAGACAAAGUUAGUUAACACUACAAAUGACAGGCCUACUACUACAAACAAGUUGAAUAUAAGUGUCUCAAUAGGUAAGGUUUGGUACGGUACCUAAUAUUAUAAUUAGCUGUCACAGAACCACAGGCCAGGUGUUUAUUCCAAGAUAAAGAUAAAGUGUGGUUAGAUUCCUGUUUUGUUAUAGACCGAUUAGCCACUAAAGAUGACGUCAACGAAUUUCGGUAUAAAUUCCUGUUUACAAUGCGAAGUCCUAUGAUAAUGCACUGAGUGGAGUCGAAAGUGGUGUAUAUUAAAUCGUAUAAAAUGUAA